UGUGACUGCUGAAUUCCCGCGCUGCUGCCCAAGGGAGAGGAAGGGCACGUGCGCGCUCGCGCGAAUAACGUGACUUCCCGUUUGAAAUAUUUAACGUUUUGAUUUUAAGUCACCUUAAAAUUAUCGUUGAUGUUAUACACAUCAGCUAAACUUAAAUCUUACAUUCUCCAGCAGUCGAUCUAAACACCUCUGGGAGAGCGCGUGGAAUUAUGCGCGUGUCAUAAUUACCGAGUCGCGGUUGUUUAAACUGAGUGGCUGAUUUAAUCACUGAAAUAUGAUUAAACUGAGCCGCCCGUGGGCAGAAAGCGCCCCGUCUGGACCUGCUCACAGUCUGCAGAUCCGGCGGGGUCAGCGGAGAUCGAGGCCGAACCCAGCGGCUCGGAACCAGGCAGACACAUCUCAGCAGCCGCGCAGAAAGACCCCCGGGCCGACCCUGCUGAUCCAGAGGCAGGAGAUGGCCGCCUUCUUCAGACUGUUCGAUGAUGAUCUGAUACAGGACUUUCUGUGGAUGGACUGCUGCUGUAAACUUACAGACAAGUAUUUGUUGGCUAUGACAUUCGUGUACUUCAGGAGGGCUCGCUUCAGUAUCACUGAACAUAGCAGAAUGAACUUCUUCCUUGCCCUCUAUUUGGCAAACACUAUGGAAGAGGAUGAGGAGGAAACCAAAUAUGAGAUCUUCCCCUGGGCUCUGGGAAAGAGCUGGAGGAAACAUUUCCCACGAUUCCUAAAGCAAAGAGACCAGUUGUGGGCACGCAUAGAGUACAGAGCGGCUGUCAGCAGACGAUGCUGUGAGGAGGUUAUGGGUAUUGUUCCAUCUCACUUCAUCUGGCAGCGUGAGCGUGCAGAGCAUCACAGUGGAGCUCAGAGACUGUACCAAAACCGUGAGGAGAUCCUCAUUCCCCGCGGGCCCUCUGCUUCCCCAGAGCCUUGUUUUCUCUGUGCCAAGACCUCUGCUCGUCCUGUGCCUCGUCCAUCCUCUACUGGAACCCGCUCUUCAUAUGUGCCACUGAAGGCCUCUGCACACAAGGCCCAAGCUUCACACAGGCCCAGUAAGAUGCCCAAAGCUCAGCACUCCUGCAGUUGUAUGACUAAAUCAGGUACAUUUACAGGAAGUGAUGCAUGUCAAGAUCAUUCAAUGGACUGGAUCAGUGAGGAGUAGCUUGAUUACAAAAUUAAACACAUCACAUAUGCCUGUUGACCAUAUCAGAUGCACUUCACUUGUCUGAGGGCCAGAACAGAGUGUCUCUAAACUGACCUUAUGAGAAAUGUACAGCAUUGGUGUGAAUAGGGUAAUAGUCAUGUACAUUGUUCAUAUAAGUUGUAAA